AAUCAUGAGUUAUGAUGUCCACUGCAAAAUCUUUUUAUUGGACACGUCAUAGGAGAUGAGGUGCCAACGGCUGAGUUUUCGGAAUUUUUAAAUAAAAAUUUCACAAAAUAUGUAUCUUUGAACGCUGAAUUGUUUAAAUGAAAUAUAUUAUUGUACAAAAUGUAUUCAACAAAGUGAACUAACUAUUUGACAUACCCUUGUUUGACAAUAAAAUAGUAAACCGUUUUUUCUUAUCUAGAACAAUAUAAUAUAUAUUGAUAAAAUUUGUUGCAAUUUGUCAGCUGGAGCACAAAAAAUUGGUAAAUUGCUUCCAUGUACAUAUAUCUCGCAAACCAAUGAAGCUAUAUAAACCAAACUUUCUGCAGUCGGUUCCCUUACGUAUCCCACCACACACCAUGAAAAGUUGGAAUCGGAUAAUAACCACGCCCACCUCCCAUGCAAAGGUUAGGUUGAAAAUUACUAAAAGUGGGUUAACUCACUAACGAAAAACGUCAGAAACACUAAAUUUUACAGAAGAAAUUGCAGAAGGAAGCUGCACUCAGAUUUUUUUUACAAAAUGAAAAUGGGCGUGGCGUCGCCCACUCUGGGACAAAAACCAUAUCUCAGGAACCCAUUUCACAACCAUGAUAUGUACAUAAGGAACCAAUGAAGAUAGCGGAAUAAAACUUUACACAAAUAUGCUAUGUGUAUAUCACUUGUGAAAAAAUUUGCGAAAUCGGACUACAACUUUUAAAUGCCUCGGAUAUCGAAUAUGAUGAACUCAGCACCUAAGAGAUCUUUUAGAUAAUUUAAUGUAAUUCAGAGGAUUUUUUUUUCUAAUAGCGUGUCUCUGUUCCAAAAAUUAUUAAAAUAUGGUCAUAACUUCUCCUAGCUCCCAUAUACAUACAUAAUUACAGGUUUCGGCAUCGGCCGAUACUUUCCAACUAGCCGAUUAAUCGGCAUCGGUUUCGGCCAAAAAUUGGGUAUCGAUCGACACUAAUUCAUACAUAUUAUACAGUUUAACCCUCUGUGACUGACGUGAUAUAGUUAUAACAAUUCUAAUGACGUGGUAGACUACCAGACACCAUUUUUAUGUCUUAUAUUUUCCAAGUUCCAUUUUGUAAAACUAAUAAAACCAUUUUUAUUUAUAAGUUUAAGUUAUUAUUUAUAAAGGUAUUUUUCUAAUUAGAAGCGAAAAUUGGUGUUAUGUGUUAUUUAUCGGUAUGACAUGAUUUUUCUGCAAAAAACAUAGACCUGUAUUAGAUCAUCAAAAAACAACUCAAAAAUAUUUUUUUUGAACAAAUGUUUUUAAUUUUUUAUUAUUUAGACUUCAAUUUAACAGUUGAUAACAAAAAGUAAUAAAUCCAGUGGUAAAAAAAAAUUAACAAACAUGUUAAAUGGCACAUUAAAGCCUAUAACUUAACAAACAAAAAUAUUUCAUGUUAUAAUUUAUGUAUGAGUACACAAUAAGAAGGUACAGAGGACGAGAGAGUAGAUGUAUGGAAAAUAACGUUACAAAAUACUCUUUUGUGUCUGUUGGUGGCUGCUAGACUACCACAUCAGUCACAGAGGUUUAAAAUAGUGAAAUCAUUGGAUACCGCAAGCAUUAAUGUUGAUAUUGAAUACAACCAUUGAUAACUGCCUUUUAGAGACUUUGUUUCUCUCUAAAGGUCGUGGAAGUAAGUAAAUAGAUGUAUUAUUUUUUUUAACGCAAUAGUGAGAAAUGAUAUAUUUUCAACAGCAUUAUAAUGCAAUAUUGGGCAUGUUUAUUAAGCAAAAGAGAUUCGAUAAAUGAGUGAUAUCUAAUUGUAAGGUACUGUGAUAUACAUAUGUACAGUGAAUGCUACUCAAAAUGGCCCAUCUGUUUUUUAAAACAUGUUAUAACACCAGGCCUUUAUUGUUUAUUUUGAAUUUCUAUUAUUUUCCUCAAAGCUUAAUUAGUAACCAAUAAAAAAAAUAUUAAAUGAUUAAAUUUAAUAAUACAACAUUAUAAAAGCGGUAAAAGUCAAAGAAUAAUAGCAGGUAUGGUUAAAAGACCACGCGGCACAAUAAAAAAUAUAAUAAAACGAUAUACUGAAGAAAAUCGAAUCGCAAACAAACUGAAACAUCCUGGUAUUAAAGUGCUAAGUGAAUGUGAAGAGCGUUGGGUUCUACCAAAAGUAAAAUUAAAUCCAAGUCUGGGUGCUCCAAAUCUUCGAGAUAUGUUAGCAGAACAAUUUAAUACCAAAUGCAGUUUAACAACCAUCAGAAUGGUUCUUCAUAUGGGUGGUUUACAUGGAGGAAUUGCCCGGAAAAACCAUGUGUUAGUGAGAAAAACAAGAGUGGUAAAACGUAAUUUUUGUAGAAGAAUACAAACGCUGCGAACACCAAGUUGAUUCUAUUGGCUACCAUUACCACUGGACCUAGUUUCUCUGCUAUUCUUCCAGAAGCACGCUUUAUAAACUUUUCACAGGCGGGCCAUUUUGAGUGGCACUCACUGUAUGUACAUAUAUACGUAUGUAUGUAUAUACUCCUUUUUUUUUUUGGGGUUUUAAGUUACUCUCGCACUCAAUCGGCUGGAGAGGAUUAUUUGGCCCAAUCAAAUGAUCAUAGCGCCAGGACUGAUUUUGUGUAAUUUUAACACUUUUGUAAAUAUAUUGUUUAAUUUGAUGAAUAAUCGUGUGAUUGAUUUUAUUCUGCGUUUGUUACUUGAUGUGAAAUGUGUUUGUGGAUGUUGACUAUAUAUUUGACAUUUGGACUGUCGUUUGUGGGUUUUAUAUAUGUUAUGAUUUCUUCUAUUUGUGUAUGCAUAUAUGGUUGGAUGUUGAAUGAUGAGGUUUGGAUUUAUGAAUUUGUGAUUGUUGCUUGAAGUAAGAUGUGUUUGUGGAUGUUGAAUGUUGUUAAUUUGAUGAAUGGUUGUGUUAUUGUCUUUGGUCUGCGUUUGUUGCUUGAUGUGGUUGUUGAUUGUGGGUUUUAUGGAUGUUAUGACUUCUUUUAUUUGUAUAUAUAUAUAUAUAUGGUUGAAUAUUAGAUGAUGGGUUUUGCAUAUUUAAAAUAUGCGUCUAUGUUUGUUGCUUGAUGUGAAUUGUGUUUGUGGAAGUUGAAUGUCUAUUUGAUAUUUUUGCUGUUGAUUGUGGGUUUUUUGGAUGUUGUGACUUCUUUCAUUUAUGGUUUGGCACCUACCUCAUAAAAACGAAUAAUCAAUGAAAAGGAAGAAACAGCCUCGGAUGAGAGACCCCAAUUUUGAUGACGACCACUGCAAACGUUUAAAGGACUACGCAAUCCAAGAAAUGCGAUGGACGGGACAAGGACAGAAGAAGGUGGGUCCUUGUGACAUCUACUACAGCGGCUAUAUAAAGGAGCGCAAAUUCGGUGUGGGAUUUGUGGUGGGAGAGAGACUCCGUCAUCGAGUCCUGGCAUUCCAUCCGGUGGAUGAACGUCUAACCACUAUCCGCAUCAAAGCGAGGUUCUUCAACAUAUCGCUGAUUUGCGCCCACGCCCCAACGGAAGAGAAGGACGAUGUGACCAAAGAUGCUUUCUAUGAGCGCCUAGAACGCAUCUAUGAGCGCUGCCCCCGCCACGAUGUAAAAGUCGUGCUUGGCGAUUUUAAUGCCAGGGUGGGUAAGGAAGGUGUCUUUGGCACAGCAGUCGGAAAAUUCAGCCUCCAUGACGAAACAUCCCCAAACGGCCUGAGGCUGAUCGACUUCGCUGGGGCCCGAAAUAUGGUCGUCUGUAGUACCGGAUUCCAGCAUAAGAAAAUACAUCAAGCUACUUGGCUGUCUCCUGAUCGAAACACGCGGAACCAAAUCGAUCACGUUGUGAUAGACGGAAGACAUGUCUCCUGUGUUUUAGACGUGCGUACGCUCCGAGGACCAAAUAUAGACUCGGACCAUUAUCUGGUCGCAGCGAAGAUACGCACCCGCCUCUGUGUAGAAAAGCGCACACUCCAUACUAUAGAGACAAACAAAAAAUAUGAUGUUACGCUUAUGGAUUGCGUAAAUCAUGUAACAAAGGCAUUGGAUACAGACGUCAAGAACUGCAACAAACAAAAUUACAGAAUACAUAUUUUAAUGUAUGUAUGUACAUAAAACUGUAUGCGAAGUAAAUAAAUAAAACUGUG